AGUACUAAUAAAAUUUGUAUUCGUAGUGCUGAAUGGAAAUCACACUUUUUCGUGUUUUUAAUGAAUUCUUGCUUCUGAAAUCUAAUAUACGUAUUCAAGCUUAGUGUUGCUGGCGAGUUGGCGAGAUGCACACAGCCAGCACUGAGGGACAGUACCGCGGUACCAAUGGAUCUACUCAUGGUAGAGACAAAGUCGCUAUAUUGGAUGCAGGCUCACAAUAUGGGAAGGUGAUAGACCGUAGGGUACGCGAGUUAUGUGUUGAAUCAGACAUAUUGCCUUUGGACACUCCUGCGUACCAUCUCAAGGAGGCAGGAUACCGGGCCAUAAUUAUAUCAGGUGGACCUAACUCGGUAUAUGCUGAAGACGCGCCGAGAUAUGACGCUGACAUAUUCAAGAUAGGGCUGCCAGUUUUAGGUAUAUGCUAUGGUAUGCAAAUGUUGAAUAAAGAGUUCGGCGGUUCAGUUUUGCGGAAGGAAGCGCGAGAAGAUGGACAGUAUGAAGUCGAAGUCGAGACUACGUGCCCGUUGUUUAACCGGCUGGAGAAGCUGCAGCCAGUGCUUUUGACCCACGGUGACAGCGUGCAGAAGGUGGGCGACCGUUUCCGCGUCGCCGCACACUCUUCCAACCAUCUCAUCGCCGCCAUCUACAACGAGCAGAUGCGCCUCUACGGAGUGCAGUUCCAUCCCGAGGUGGAUCUAACGCCCAAAGGCAAGCAGAUGCUGUCUAACUUCCUGUUUGACAUCGCGGGGCUAACGCGCACGUUUACGUUACGCUCUCGUCGCGAGGCUUGCGUGCAGUACAUACGCGAUACCGUCGGAGAUAAUAAAGUGCUGGUACUGGUGAGUGGAGGUGUAGACUCUACAGUUUGUGCGGCUUUGCUAAGGACAGCACUUCGAGAGGACCAAGUCAUUGCACUGCACAUUGAUAACGGCUUCAUGCGCAAGAAUGAAAGUGCAAAGGUGGAACGAUCUCUACGAGAAUUAGGCGUGCGUCUACACGUCGUCAAUGCAGCUCAUCAGUUCCGUCAGGGCAGCACGACGGUCCGUGAGGCGGGCGGGCGCGUGCGCCACACGCCGCUGCUGUGCCACACCACCGCGCCCGAGGACAAGCGCAAGAUCAUCGGCGACGUGUUCAUACGCAUCGCCGAGCAAGCCGUGCGCGACCUCGAGCUGCAGGAAGAUCAAGUGCUUCUCGGCCAGGGAACACUACGGCCGGACUUGAUCGAGUCAGCGUCAUCGCUGUGUUCCGACAACGCGUCCACAAUCAAGACGCAUCACAACGACACGGAGUUGGUGCGUGUGUUGCGUCAACGCGGUCGCGUUGUUGAGCCACUGCGCGACUUCCAUAAGGACGAGGUGCGCGUGCUGGGCGCGGAGCUGGGGCUGCCGGCGGCGCUGGUGGAGCGGCACCCGUUCCCCGGGCCCGGCCUGGCCGUGCGCGUGCUCUGCCAGGACGAGCCCUACGCCGAGCGCGACUUCUCCGAGACACAGGUUAUAGUAAAAAUUAUGGUGGAGUACGCGUCGAUGUGCCUGAAGUCCCAUGCAUUGUUGGGCCGUGUCGCAAACGCGACCACACCUACAGAGCAAGCGGAGCUCAAGCGUAUCUCUUCUAAAUCGCCCGUUGCCGCAACAUUGCUGCCAGUGCGUUCAGUUGGAGUACAAGGUGAUUCUCGAACUUACAGCUAUGCGGUGGCGUUAUCCACAGAACGCUACCCUCCAGAUUGGAAGGACAUGCAGUAUCUCGCCAAAAUCAUACCGCGUGUGUGCCACAAUGUUAACAGGGUUUGCUACGCUUUCGGAGGUAUAAUAAAAGAGCAAGUCACAGACAUUACGCCUACGUUCCUCACACAACACGUAAUUUCCACACUACGCCAGGCCGACGAUCUCGCAACACAGGUGUUGAUCUCUAGCGGGUACGCGGGCCGCAUCGCUCAGAUGCCGGUGGUGUUGAUCCCGAUCCACUUCGACCGCGACGCGGCCGUGCGCGCGCCGUCGUGCCAGCGCUCGCUCGUGCUGCGCCCCUUCCUCACCGGCGACUUCAUGACCGGCGUCGCCGCGCUGCCGUCGUCCGACUCCAUGCCGCAGGACGUUGUCGACAGGAUGCGUAAGGAGCUGAUGAGCGUCCCUGGAAUAUCGCGUGUGCUCUAUGAUCUGACGCCUAAGCCACCAGCAACUACCGAGUGGGAAUGAUCGCUUCAAAUGCCUGUCUUUUAUAUAUUUUUUACUGAGCGAACGCACUCCCAAGGCAGUGGUCCCAUUCUAUCAAUACUGAGGGUGAAUUUGUGAUGGUGAUUAACAUGAUACACUUAAUAUUGUUAACUAUAUUAUAAAUGUUAAAUAAAAUGAUAAAGGCAUUUUUUUAUCAAAUGGAUUACUUUUCGAUUUAUUACAAUUACUUUUAAUACCUGUAACUGUAAUUAUUGUUAUUAGAAAAAUUGUAACUUAUAAAAUAAUUAUACUUCAGCUAAAUAUAUUUUUGCUUGUGUGUAAGUUUAGAUUUGAAAGGAGCAGUAACUGUGGAAGAAGCUUUAUAAUUAUUUUUGUUGUUUAUGAUUUUGCUUAAUUGGGUUGACUGUAUAUAAAUUUUCAUAGUAAUGAGUUAUGAUAAGAUAGGAUCACUGCCUACUAAUGAAUUUGUAAAUACAAUGAUAUAACGCGACACAAGGUAUUGGGUGUCACAUGUUAUUGUUAGCUCCACUGAUCAGUUUUGUAACAACAUAGUAAUUUAUUGUAAAAGGCUGUGUAAAAAUUAUUAUGAGCCCGCAAGUAUUCUGCACCUCAAGAUUGAUACAAUAAUUCUUGUAAUAAAUCGGAAACACAUUUAGUGUUUUAUGGAAUGGUUCAGUGUUAUUGACUGGAAGUUUCAUAAUUAAAAUUAUAUGCUUUAUUUUC